CAGCAAUAUUUAUCCACUCCUGCCACUGUUUGCCGCUGCCUCUCCUACUCCCUCGCAUCCUUGAAGACCUUGCCCGACCUGUAAGCCAGCCGGCCGAGAUAUUCGCAAUUGGCUGCGUUGCGCGAUUGCUACAGGUUCGCGUUUCAACCAAAGUUUGUCAGUCCUUUUGCGCGUCUUCACUUCUCGUGCCGUCAUGACUGGAUUCGGUCGGUCUCUAUCCCUAAACACAGGGAGUAAUCUGUUGUAAGUCUUCUGUCUUUUUGAUUGAUUAUCAUUGCAACAGCAUCUUCCAUGGCGUAUACAGUUAGGUGGUCGGCUUUGUCCGGGAGCAGGCUGCGCUUUUUCAACAAACAACAUUAGAAGAAGAGAAGGAGAAUGAAAACAACGGAAAGAAAGCCCUCGAUCGAGAGUGAUACUGGAAUUUCCCAAUCUUCUGGCUCGACGCAAAGAUUGGACAAAGAGAAGACCGUAGGGCAGAAUUUGUGAGGAAGAGCAUUCGCUCAGGACUCUGUCUUCUGCACUGCCAAACGUCACUGUAGAGUCAGCCCAAGUUCCGGUAUCUGUUCUCGCGUCUUUAACAGCAGAUGAUGAUACAAGAAGACAACUGUCAUCCUAUCUAUCGUUGACACAAACCGUAACGUCCGCGUUACGACAUUAUCCACGCAAGGCGUUGUCUCCUAAGAGCAUGCUCAAGCUAUGUCUCUGGGCUCUACUUGCUUCGAUUGAACGAUGCCUUUCCUUGCGGUCGCAAUCUUAUCACGUCAGGCUGCUCGAAUUCUGGCAUCUAAAGCUCUCCACUAGUUCAAAUCUAAUGCGCCAUCAGCUCAUACUUAACAAGAGCACGAGGCAGUCUGACAAGUCUUCCCAUCUGUGACUGGAAUGAUUGGAGUGGAUAAGAAGGUUACCCUUGAGGAACGGCACUGGAAAAAGUUGUUGAACUCAACGCUGUUGAACUCAAUACUGUUAAAAGGCUCAUGCCAAAUCUACAUAAUGCCGUUGCUUGGCCAGAUUCGAGCUUUUGACGGGUAAUUUACGGAACUGAGAGCCUUAAAACCCUUGAUAAUUACUCUCUUCUCUCGCUAUGGUGUGGAUGGGAAAAUGUGAAGCAAAUACUGCUUCUAAUGACGCUCCUGCGAUCUUGGGAGCUCUGAGUCUUGACACAACAAUAACUAAAAAAGUCGGGACUUGAUUUUGAUGAACAGCCAAAUGAUGCGAGUAUCUCAUUAGCACUCCAUCCUCCAGCUCUUGGUCCUCAGCAUUCUCCAAGAAACAGGCCAGUGAUUACUGGCGGCUAGUCUUUGUUAGACGCAGCAAAGUCGUCUAAAAGACAAAAGAUUUAUUGGCUAUCCCUCGCGAACACUAUCCUUGGAAAAUUGACUAUCUUCACGAUAAACCCGAUGGACAAUGCUGUAGCAAUGUUUCUAUCUUUUGAGAAUGACCACUUUGCCAGUGCUAAUCAAGUAUCUUAUAGUGGCAAUACAGGUACGAAUCAACAACAAUCCUCAGCGACAACUGGCGGACUCUUCGGAGGUGCCGCAACCACACAAUCCGCACAGUCGGGUGGACUUUUUGGCACAAGUAACGCAACAUCUCAACCUCCAACGUCAGGGGGCUUGUUUGGAAACAAUGCUUCAAACACUCAGACUUCGAAACCGGGAGGUCUAUUUAGUCUAGGUACUUCAACAACAUCACAACCUACGUCGACAACGGGCGGUCUGUUCGGUGCUGCACCAGCUGCAAGCACGGCACAAACAUCGACUGGUGGUCUUUUUGGUUCUACAACGUCCACCGCUUCGAAGCCUACCGGACUCUUUGGCACGUCAACGACGAGUUCAGCACAAUCCACUGGCGGUUUGUUUGGAGCCACGACUACGUCAUCAGCAGCGCCGUCAGGUGGCUUGUUUGGAAGUACAACGACCACUUCACAGCCUGCUAGUGGAGGUCUGUUUGGAAGUUCGACAGCUACGUCGAAGCCUGCUGGCUUGUUCGGUAGCUCGACAGCCACUACCGCUCCUGCUGCAGGUGGCUUGUUCGGGUCAUCGACGGCAACUUCUCAGCCAGCAUCAGGUGGUCUCUUCGGUGCUAAGCCAGCUUCGGGUGGACUCUUUGGUCAGUCAACUGCGACGUCCCAGCCUUCACAAGCAGCGCCAAGUUCAUCUCUCUUUGGUGCUCUCAACAACGCAAAUACAGCAUCACAGCCCACACAACAAACUGUAGCGGCCGUAAAAAUAGAUUGGACAAAUGUGAAGCCCACCACUCGUUUCAAUGAGCUUCACCAAGAAGUGCAAGACGCAAUCGUUUUCAUCGACGAAGUCAUUCAGGGUGCUAUCCGUGCAUCCAUACAAUGUUCAGAGGCCAUGCCAGCCGUUGGCCAGGCGGUUAACAACAUUCCGAAUGAUGUGGAGUACCUCGAGCGACGGCUCGAAACAGUUGAGGGCGCCUUGAGUCGUGAUGCAGUAGCGGUGGGAAACAACAAAGAAAUCAUUGAAAAGGACAGCGAAGAUGCUGUGCGCCUCUUCCGUGCAAUCGAGAAUCUAAAGCUUCCAAAUCAGUUUCAUUACCCCACCAUCUCAGGUGGACCCACUCCAGAUGCAAAUACGACAACGGAUCUACUGAGCUAUUUCAGCGCCCGCGCUGCUGAAUUAGAACACCAGACGAAGGUGUUUGAGAGGCAUCAAAGGGAAGUGGAUGCGCACCUAAGGACUGUCGAGCACACCGCCGUGGAGGAGAUGCAGAAGUUGAGCCGAAGGAGUGGAGCGAAAGAGGCUGAGGUUGGCGAAGGCCUGAGGGAGAUUGCCAUGGUGAUGAGGACGUUUGAGGAGGCAAUCUUGAGAGUGGCAGAGAGAGUUGGGGAAGCCAGAGAAAAGGUGGUCGAUCUGGAACUUGGCGGUGUGGGCAGCUGAUUGAAUAUUUUGAAUGCGGCUGUUGCUUUAAGAGAAGCCUGAACGGCUCUGUGAUGGGUUUUUGUCUGUUACGGACGUUGCAUAUGGAUAUUGCAUUCUCCAGUCAUCGGCACAAUCGAAUACAAAGGAUACCAGCCGGGGAAAGAGGUUCUGGUGCGAAAUUUUGUUAAAAUUAUAUGGAUAAUAAAGUUUCAUUUUUUUCG